GCACUGCCAUAUAUUCGGCCUUUUUCAGGCGAAAAUUAUGAGAAUUAAUUUUUUUCGCCGCGAUGCGUCGCGAAAUUAUUGCCUAAAGUGGCCCCCGUGGCACGUUCAAAGCGCUCAACGAACUCGACAUGGGCGGAAAAUCCAUCUUUUUUAAUUCAACCGCAGCCCGACGGCGCUGGGCGAAGCGGGAGGUCUUUGUUCGUCGUGGGCCGUCUGCAGGGCGCAGUUUCAUGUUUACAAAAUAGUUUCUUUAAAUAAAGAACGCGACUGUUGCCUUCCGUAGAUGGGUUCCUAACGCACAACUUAUCGCUGUAAUUAUUUGCAUCGGCAUUAUUCAACUGGCGUCACGCGCUGUUCGAACGGGUAGUGUGACGAUUCCCCGUUUUUUUUUUUGUGUUCUUUUUCUUUUUGGCGCCAGUCUUUAUGCUGAGCUGGCAUUACCGCCAACUUGGCGUGCAUGUUCUCUAACUAAUCAUGCAUCGCACCACCGAGCGCAGACGUGUACGGCACGCUCGUCGUGCACGUAGUUUGGGUCUCUGAUAACGGCGUGUCAAACUUGGAACGUGGGAACACGCUGCGUAGCUGCCCGUCCAACGGAGCACCUCCUCGCCGCCACUCAAACCUGGCCUAAAAAUAUGAACUCGUCGUAACCUUGUGUAUGGCCGGAGGAGCGGGAGCCUCGUCUGGAAGUGGAUUGCAAAAAGCAAGCAGUGCAGCACCGAAGAAAAAGCCUCCAGAAGGCAUAAUGGACUUUCUCAAAUGCGGAUCAUGCAGCACCAUCUUUCACGAGCUCGAUAGCUUUAUCGCACACAAGCAGCAAGGCUGCACAGGGGAUGGCGGCGAUGAAGCAGACAAAGAAGCCAAAGAAGACAAGCCCGGAAAGGCAGCCCAGGUUAAGCCAGAAGCAGACGCACAGGUGGAUGUUGAUCUCACCGCCGAAGGUUCAGCAGACGAGGAUCAAGAUGAGGAAGAGGAGAAAGAGGAUGCCCUGACAGACUCUAAAAACAAUGGCUUGCAGAAGACCGGCAAAGGUGCCUUCUCGGGUUACCUUCAUCAGAAGCGCAUUCUUCACCAGCGUCUGCGUCAGCAGAAGAAGCUGCAGAUGCAGCGGGCCUGCAAAGUGGCGGCGGCGGAGCGUCAGCAGCAGCAGUCGGUGGCCAAGGCGCAUCCGGCAAAGCCACAGGCAUCUCCCCCGGCCCCCUGCGGCCGCUGCGAGCCCUGCAACCUCACCGAGGACUGCGGGGAGUGCACCAACUGCACGGAUAAGAAGGGGACUCCAAAGGCAAGAAAGCAGUGCGUGAUGAGACGCUGUGAGAAAGUAGUGCCUCAGAAGAAGACGGUCUACAUAGUUGAAAAAAUACUCAAAAAAAGGAUCAAUGCGGGGAAGGUGGAGUACUUGCUCAAGUGGAAAGGCUACCCAGACUCUGAAAACUGCUGGGAGCCCGAAGAGAACAUCAUCAGCAAGCGCCUGAUCCAGCUUUUUGAGAAAGAGCAGCAGCAGGGGUCAGACGCCGAGACCCCAAAGAAGAAGGAUGCAACCAAGGAGUCCACGGUCGAAGAGCCUUCUAGUUCUCAGGAUGACGAGGGAACAAUGGAAGAAGAGGAAGAGGAUGAGGAUGCGGAAGGCGCACGCAGUCCUAAACGGAUCUUUUCCGCCUUGGGCCUCCAUCGCCAAGGUGACGAGCCGCUGGCGCAGCCCCAGGAAAAGACGCUUCGCCGCGGCCGCACCAGCAAAUCGGCUGCCAAAGACUUUAUCAAGACGGUCUGCAGCAAGCGCCCGCGCAGCCCUGAGCUCCCAUCCCCAACCCGCCUGCCCGCUUCCGCCAAAAAGAUUGUCACUAUUUCCAGCCCGCUCCCCGAAGCUUCUGCGGCGACGGCAGACGGCCAAGAGUCAAUUGCCAUCAUCUACAUUCCCAAGCCAGACGACCCCGGCAAGUACAUCACCGUGAAGGGUGACCACAAGCAAGUGAGUGGAUUGGAUGGAGCCGACCUGAAUCCGGUUGUAGUGCUGGGGCCGAAGCCGGGGCUGAAGGCAGUGGCUGCUGUCAACGCCGAAGAGGCCGCAGCUGCGUCCGGGUCAAAGAGCAGCGUUGCGGCGUCUACGCAGGAACCAAAGACUAUCAACAUCGAAGUUGUGCAGCUCGCAUCCUUGGAGGAGGAGGAGGAGGGGGAGGAGGGAACUUCGUUCGAGCUGUCCAAUCGCAAGCCGGCAGCGGCAGAGAAGGCACGGCUCAAGGCGAUGGGGAUGUUUCAGUCGCCGUCGCGGCAGAUGGCAUACCACCGGGGGCCGGGGCGGCCGCGGAAGACGCCACUGCCCCCCGGCGCGCCGGCCGUGCCCACAGUGAUAACACCGUCGCGGAGAGGCCGCAAGCGCAAGCGCCCGGCCAGGGAGGACUUCUACUACGACGACGAAGACACGGAGUUUCUGCCGGCGCUUUCUCGCACCACAAAGUGCAAGAUGGUGGUUGAGGUGGUCGGGGAGGACGGGGACCCCGCGGCGUCCCUGGUCCCCGAGGUGCCCAAGAAGAAAGUAGGGCGCCCCCGCAAGUAUCCCCCGCACCCGAUGCACCACCUGUCGCCCCAGCAGAAGAAGGUACUGGCUGCCCGCCGGGGCCGCAAGAAGCUUGUCCAGCCCAGGGCGCGCAAGAACAGGGUCUUCGUCGUCAUGGCAGACGGCACCAUGGUCGAGGUCUCCGGCACGGACCGGCAGAAAGCGGUGGAGAGGGCCACGGAGAAAGUGCGUGCCAUGCGCGAAGGAGGAGCGGAAGCUGCGAUCGCGGAGGAGGUGGAACUCAUGGAGGACAGCGACUCUCCCGGGACGCCCACUGGCGGCACCGGACUCAAGGACACUUCACUGGACACGCCCGCCGGAGUGUCGGCGGGCACCCCGGGCCCCGGCCCGAGCCCGCUGCUGUCGUCUGGGGGACGAAGGAGGAGCAGCACCCAGAUGAGCCUGGAGGAGUGCACCAACGAUGCGGUGGACGACGCCCACACCCUCAAACUGCCCAACACGGUGCAGCUGGUGGAGAGCGAACUGCCCCUCUCCGAGGCUGAGAACUCCGACUCGCUCAUCGGCAUGUUCCUCUUCCGCCAGGUUUUCUCCCCAAACGACACGAGCCUGCAGUGCCUCUUCUGCCAGUCGAAGUAUGUCUUCCGCUUCCCUGUGGACCUGGAGAAGCACUACCACGUCAUCCAUGAGAUUGCGGUGCACAGCGCCAAGGCGGAGUUCAGCGAGGCGGUGGUGUUUGUCUGCGUGCCUCCGGACGUCACUGAAGACACCACCCUCAACUCGACCUGCCGUUUCUGCGACCUCACGCUCCGCACCCUCUCCGAGGUGCGUGACCACUACCCAGAGGUGCACUCCAAGACGGUGCGGCUGGUGCCGGAGUCUGCGGUGACGGAGCUGUCGUCGCAGUUCUACUGCAGCGUCUGCUCAUUUGCGUCGGGGGAUUUUGAGCAGCACCACGGCCACAUGAAGGCGGCCCACCGCAUGCAGACGUACACGUGCCGCUACUGCGGCUACUGCACCCCGCGCCCGGGGCGGCUGCGCUUCCACGUCAAGCAGCGCCACCUGCAGGACCAGCCGGGCCCCCACCUGCAGUGCUCGGUGUGCUCGGUGUAUGUGCACGGCCGGGAGCGGCUGCACAAGCACAUCCUGCUCUCACACGCUGUCCAAACCGGACCUCAGACGUGGUCGUGCGCCAAGUGCCUGCAGCCGUGUGGCAACUCCAAGGACCUGAUGGGGCACAUCAGCCGCUGCCCGCUCCUCAGGGGGGACAAGGGGAAGGGCAGGGGCACGGGCUCAGUGGCCGGAUCGAUAGUGGCCGGGCCUAAGGCAAACCUUUUCUACAAGUGCAACCACUGCUCCCUCACCUUCAGCACUGAGGAAGAUAUCAAGAAGCACAUGGCGGACGGGGUUCACAUGCCCGUGGGGCAGCAGCAGCAAACGACGGCGGAGGAGGGGGGUGGGGCCGGAGCAGUGACCGCUCCGGCGGAGGCCCCAGAGUCCUCAGGGGGCCUGGAGGCGAGCAGCGAGGAGGAUCCCCUGGACCCCACGUCGUCGAGCACCUGCUUCCUGUGCUGCAUGCGCUUUGCCAGCCCCCAGGCGUGCCAAAUGCACCAGCACCACGUGCACAUGCGCUGGGUGAAGCGCGGCUUGCCGGACUUCGCCAACGAGGACGUGCAGAGCGGUCUGUUCAGCAUGCCGGUCACGGACAGUAGCGAGACUGAGCUGUCCCAGCAACGAGCAGUGGACAGCAUCACGCAGCCCUCGGGCUCGGAAGGAGAGGCCCCCGCCGGAGGAACGGAGAACGCGGCCGUUCCCGCGGAGGAGAGGGCAGAGGAAGCCGACCUCGCAGCCUCCACGGUUUCCGCGGAACAGGCUGAGGCCGCCCCCGCGGAAGUGGCUGCCUUCGAGGAUGGCUCUGCCGCAGGCAAGGCCGGCAACCUGAACUCGGCGGACGUGCCAUCGGACGCCAAGCUGCUGGAGCUCGGUUUUCCCACCAAGGUGGGGCACUACUGCCAUGUGUGCGACGCGGUGAUCAAGAGCUACGCCUUGUAUUACCUGCACAUGCACAACCUGCACCGGCUGGAGAAGCGGUUCCAGUGCAUUGUGACGGCUUGCAGCCAGACGUUCUCCUGCCCAGGGGCCUUCCAGCGCCACUCUCUGGGUCACAACCAGAAGUCGGACAGCUUUUGCUCCAUGUGCGACAUGGUCUUCGACGACAACGACCACCUCCAGGACCACUUCCUAAGCGCCGAGCACGCCAACAAGUACAUGAGGGUGCAGGAGAAGUACAACCGGUCGGAGCCCCGGAACUACCGCUGCCGGGUGUGCCACAGCUGGUUCGGCCUGUUUGCCACCUUUGUGAAGCACAUGGAGACGGAGAGCCACCAGUACCAGUGCCAGCACUGCGGGCUGCUCUUCGUGCAGCCGGGACCCCGCAGGAACCACAUUCAGAGCGUCCACCCAGAACUGGCCAACAUCUGUGAGAUCUGCGGGUCCAAGAUGCCCAACUCCCAGGCACUGUGGAGCCACCUGUCCCUGCACAGCAUUGUGCACGAAUGCAACAAGUGCCACCGCCGCUUCCUGCAGAGGGAGCAACUGAUGGCACACAUGGAGGUGCAUGCUCCCCCGACGCCCUGCCCGUGGCAGGGCUGCAACCGGAAGCUGGCCACCAAGGUCGGCCUGUACAACCACCUACGGAUGCACCGGGGAGAUACUGACUUCCGAUGCCUGACCUGUGGAAGGGGCUUCUUCAAGAAGAAGGCUUUGGAUUCUCACAUGCGGCUUCACGAAGAACCCUCUGCAAUGGCCAGGGUGGCACAGGCAGAGCUGACGCAGGGAGGCCAGAUGCUGGCCGAGCUGCACCCUCAAGAGAGCCAGGAGGAGUCCACGGGAGAGCUGAUCCAGCUCAUUUGUGCGGGCUGCCUCAAUGGUUUUGAGUCGGAGGACCUGUUUGCCGCCCAUGUCUGCACCGGACAUCAAGGACAAGGCCAGGACCAGGCCUUCGUGACAGCAGACGACUCGGUCAUCAACAUGGUGACGGGUGCGGGCACCCUGACCUCCGCCGACCUGGACGGAGGCCAUCUGGUGGCCACCACGGAAGACGGUAUCACCACCACGGUGGCCAUCAACCCGCAAGAGGACCUAGCCACCCAGCUGGCACGAGCCGUAGCCGAAGCCACGGGACCCGGGCAGGUGACGGUGUCCAUCAACACGGCCGACGGCAUUGCUACCAUCAGCCAAGACCCGCGGGACCUGUCAGAGUUCCAAGGCGUGGAGGGCCUGGAGUCCACGACAGAUCUGGAGCUCGCAGAUCAGCACCAGAUGGCCAUGGAGGUGCUUCCCCAGGAGGCCAUGGACAUGGGCAACAACGAGCAGAGCGAGGAGCUCGUCAUCCAGCAGUUGGGUGAGAUGCCCGAGCAGCAGAUGCAGCAGCAGAUGCAGCAACAAGAACAAGAAAAUCUUCAGGAGCAGGAACUCCAGGGACACCAGGAGCAGCCAGAAGAGCAGCAGAUGGAGUGCGCAACGACGGAAGAGCAGACAACACAGGAGGUAGCGAUGCAGACAUCUGAGAUGACGGAGAGGACGGCCCAGCUCCUGAUGGCAGCGGCCGCCAACAACCCAGAGGGCUUGGACCACCUGGCCGUGGAGUCGGAGGACGGGGAGGUGAUCCACUUCGCCAUUGUCCGCCAUGGAGAGGAGGGAGAAGGCGACCAGAUGGUCCAGAUGGUGACCAUGGGCAGCGUGGCGGCGGGAGACCAGUCCGCGUCGUACAUGCUCUCCUCCGGAGACAUGACCACGACGUCAGCGCAGCUGGGCAGCGAGACCAAAGUCGUGGGGGCCCUGAACAGGGAGGCCCCGCUGCUCUCGGUGGGCGGAGACCUCUGCGUCACUGAGUCUGUGGGUCCGAACAAGGGGGACGAAAUAGAAGAGUAUGCAGAGGUCGCGCAGCAGGACGAAUCUGCGGAAGGUCUGCAGCAGCAGGAAGCCGCUGAAGACCCGCAGCAGCAGGAGACGACGGAGGAGGCACAACAGGAGCCAGUCAGCGUCAAUGAGGCGGUUGCACGGGCGCUCCAGGGAGAGGAGGAAGCCAUCACCGGCAUGGCAUUUGCAACCGGCGACGGAGACGGAGACCAGAUGCCGAUCAUGAUGAUGGUGCCGGGCGGUGACCACGAGGGCCUGCAGGUGGUCGGCGAGGGCGGCGACGGCUUCGCCAACACUGCACUGCUCAAGGUCCCGACUUCGGACGGCGGGGAGCGAGUACUGCUGAUCCCGAUCAGCUCGGAUGCGGGGGGCAACGCGGUGUUUCAGCUUCCGAGCGGCCUCUCACUCGCAGGGGGAGAACAAGGGGAGAUGAGGGUGGUGGGCGAUGGGGAGCAGGGAAUCCUGACCCUGCCGAUGGACGCCAUGACGGGGGAGGUAGCAGUGCAGUUUGCAGCGGAGCCUGCGGAAUGAAAGUAGGCCUCGUUUCGAAGAAGGCAUUUUUGAAAUUGCCCAAUCAUCAGAUUCACACUCGUCAAGUCAUUGUCGAAAAGGGGCAGGUGUAGUUUCAGUUGCUUUCUUUGUCUGGGUUUUUUUUGUGUGUUUCUCUGACCGUCAUACUGCUUUGUUCCUUUUUUUGCUGUUUUGCUUCUCCAACUGGUUUGUUUCUUUUUUUGCUGUUUUACUUUUUCUCAAUCUUUUUUUUUUUUUUGGAGUUGCAUUGGGUGGGAGUCUUGAAUGCGUGUAAGAAAAGGUACCUGUGGACUGCAAGACAACGGGUUUUGUCGAGACACCUAAGCCGGCACCAGUGAUGGCACAAACAUGGAGUAACAAAGUUAUUUAAUUGCAGUCACGUUCAUCAAGUAGGCAUUUUGGAGCUACAAAUUAAUGUGGGGUACCAUUGUAAAUACAUUCAUGGUUCUCUCCAAGGGGAACGUCAAAUCUUUUUGUAGGCUGCUUGUGGCUUGCCGUCGGCACGCAAUUACACGAGCGCGUUCACUGAGUGAGCGGACUGGUUUUUCCGUCGUGUACAUUUGUCUCGGGGUCAAUAAACUAUGCUCACCAUUU